UCCGGUGUGUAACACAGACCGCAUGGCUUUGUGGUGUGGGUACAAGAUAUUUACAAGGUAAUGUAGAAAGUACAUGACUUUUACAUGAAGCUGUACCGCAAGAAACUAGUCGAUUGAAAGUGUUCUGAUCAUCUGACGUAGUCUACCCUGUGUGGCUCGAGGGCUUAUAAACUGUCUCCUUGAUGGAACAAAAUAUGUCUUCACCGAUAAUGCCGCAGCAGCUGCCUGGUUCCAGUGUACUAGGGGGUGUGGCCAAUGAGCGAGUUGACAUGGAUGCGCCGCCAUUUUCCCGUGUAUUUGUCGUGUGCAGUAAACAUCACAGGGAAGAUGAGCUGAGAGCAGCGUUUCAGGAUUUUGGAAAUAUAGAAGAUGUAUGGAUGGUUAAGGACCGCAUGACCAAGGAGAACAAAGGGAUCUGCUAUAUCAAGUACGACAAAGCCUCUGCUGCUGCUCUGGCGAUAGAAACACUGGACGGGAAAUCUAUAGGAGAUGAACACAAGCCAAUCAAAGCAAUGAUCGCCUCGUCCAAGAACUCCUCCAUGAAAACAGACUACCAAGAUGAAAGCUCUCGUAAUCGACUGUUUGUCGUUUGCCCACGAGAUUGUACCGAAGACGAUUUAAAAGCAAAAUUUAUCGAUUUUGGACAUUUUGACUAUUGCAACAUCAUUCGCGACAAAAACACUGGAGAGAGCAAAGGCUUUGGCUAUGUUAAGUUCUCGAAAGCAUCAACUGCUGCGAUCGCUAUGGAGAAUUGUGAUAAAAGUCUCAAAGCUAUUCUAGCUGAGCCGAAAUCAGCGAAAUUUGCUCGUGAAGCAGCCGCAGCCGCAGUUGCUAAGGAACAACAAAGGCAUUCGUUGAGAGAUUCGUUUAUGAUGCAAGAAUCAACGAGUCCUACGCAUAGUACUAUGGACCUCUUCCUGGGAGGUAACGGGGCCAGUAGCAGUCCCACGUAUCAGGGGGGAUCCCCUCGGUACCAACCACAGUCCACUAGCCCUGGUAUCGAACUAGGUAUCAAUAAUCGAUUAUUUGUCCUCGUUUCUCCAAUCGUCAGUCAAGAACAGUUGAGUCGUCUUUUCGAUCUAGUCCCUGGAAUGGAGUCAUGUGACCUGAAACGUAAUCACGCUACUGGAGAUUCUCGCGGUUUUGCAUACGUUUCGUACACUUCUCUAAGUGCCGCCAUGUACGCUCGCGAGAAACUCAACGGCUUUGAAUAUCCACCUGCCUCGAAAUUAGUCGUGAAAUAUGCCGAAGACCCGCCCAUCCAUUACCCCCCUAGCCCCACGGCCGAACCUGUUUAUUUCCACUCUGCCCCCCAUUCCCCGCUACGCUCUCCAAUUAAAGGAUCUCCCGUCCGUUCUCUCUCCCCCGUCCGUCCCAUGGUUACUAGGCAACGACGUCACUCGUUUAGCUCCGAAUUUGACGGACGAGUGUUCUUCAUUUGCAACCCCCAACCACCGGCAGAGCACGUACUACGCGAUGUAUUUGCUCGUUUCGGGCUCCUCACUGAUAUCUGGGUGGUGCGUGGAAAAAAUUACGGGUACGCAAAGUUUACGACGCGGUCAUCUGCUGAGGCAGCCAUUACUGCUCUACAUGGGAUGGAGGUGUUCGGAACCAAGCUGAAAGUGAUGCUGGCAGAUCCACCACCAGAGGAUGGGUCGAGAAAUAAACGCCCACGAGUCCCCUAUACUGACUUCACUGAGCACUGAAACAAACUAACAAGACUUGACGACACAUUUGACAGACAAUUUAGUUAUUAGUAACUUACACAGUGACAAAACGAGAUUGACUUUACGAAACGAAACACAAUUGUAUAACAAUUAUAACUAUAAUAAUUAUACAUGUAGUACACAAAAUGCUAUUGCAUGUUUAUAAUAUAGUUAGUUAGUUAGUUAGAGCUAGGCUGCCGUAUUUUAUAGCUGUAUAUACAAAUUAUUUUAUAUGAAUUUUUUUGUUUAUUAAAUUGCUGCUAUGAUUAUACAUGCUUGUACACCUCUUG